AUGAACUUGUUUGACCUGAGCUCGCAGCAACUCCUGUCCUUGGUGGGGCGGUUCUUCCGAAGUAUGGAGCUGACAGACAGGUUUCAGGGCGUGCGCCGCACAGACGACCUCAGCCGGUGGGGGUCAAGCUGCCGACCCUGCCUCGCCGCUCCGCGCCGCGCCGCCCGUGCGCAGAUUCCGGACAAGAAGAUGUGGAGCUUCUUGCGCGCGGUCGAGCGGCGGCAUCCGCCCAACGCCUUCCACAACCUGACCCACGCCGUCAGCGUCACCCACGCGUCCUUCACGAUCGUGAAGACAUCGCGGGCCGACUCGUUGCUCCGUCCGCUCGAUAAGCUGGGCCUCCUCGUCGCGGCGUUCUGCCACGACAUCGACCACCCAGGGUAA